AUGAUAUUCGACACACCAAAUGAUGCCUAUCUAUUUUACUCAAGAUAUGCUAAAGAAAAUGGGUUUGCUUUGGCUAAAAGAACUAACAAGAAGGGAAGAGAUGGAAACUUGAGGAAUGUUACUUUUCAAUGUAGUCGCGGUGGAAAGGCAAAGGUCAAAACAGCCAAUCCGGUCAAACCACGGCCACAAACAAAAAUUGAGUGUCUGGCUCGCUUUAAUUUUGCUACAUGUCCGGAUGGAAAGUGGAGGUUAAAUCGGGUUGCUUUGGAGCAUAAUCAUGAAUAUAGCCCGGGAAAGUCCAAGUUUUACAAAAGCAAUAGGGUUCUUGAUGAACAUGUGAAAAGGAAGCUCAUAUUAAAUGAUACAGCUGGGAUUCCGUUGUAUAAGACUUAUGACUCACUUCAGAUUCAGGGGGGGGGGGAGCAUGAUAACCUUCCAUAUAAUCAGAAGGAUUGUCAAAAUUAUUUGAGUACGGAGCGACAUAAAUUACUUGUUGAAGGAGAUGCUGAGGCGAUGCAUAGUUAUUUCAUAAAGAUGAAAGCCAACAAUUCUGACGUCUUUUUUGCCAUGGAUUUGGAUGAUGAGGGUCGAUUGAGGAAUGUAUUCUGGGCUGAUGCAAGGAGUAGGAUAGCUCGCAAGGAGUUUGGUGAUGCUGUGACAUUUGACACAACAUACUUGGUAAACAAGUAUGAUAUGCCUUUUGCUCCAUUUGUAGGCGUCAAUCAUCAUGGUCAGUCGAUAUUAUUGGGAUGUGGACUCGUAUCUCAUGAAGACACCAAGUCAUUCUUGUGGUUAUUUAAGACUUGGAUGACAUGCAUGUGGGGUUGUGCUCCCAAAUCAAUUAUUACUGAUCAAUGUAUGGCUAUGAAGAAUGCUAUAGAAGACGUAUUUCCUAACACCCGACACCGGUAG